CCUGACGUGUCGGGGAGGAGCCGGGCGGUGGGGUGCGCGCAGUGGAGCUCAGGCUGCGGAGGGGAGCGGAGCUGAGCGGCUGGGCGGGCCUGGGGAGGCCAGCGGAGCGGAGACGCCGGUCGGGUGGCGGCGAAUAUGCGCUUCUGAGACGUCGGAGGCUUUCUUGAUCAUGGAUGGUGAAGAUAUACCAGAUUUUUCAAGUUUAAAGGAGGAAAUUGCUUAUUGGAAGGAACUGUCCUUAAAGUAUAAACAAAGCUUCCAGGAAGCUCGGGAUGAGCUAGUUGAAUUUCAGGAAGGAAGCAGAGAAUUAGAAGCAGAGUUGGAGGCACAAUUAGUACAGGCUGAACAAAGAAAUAGAGACUUGCAAGCUGAUAACCAAAGACUGAAAUAUGAAGUGGAAGCAUUAAAGGAGAAACUAGAACAUCAAUAUGCACAGAGCUACAAGCAGGUCUCAGUAUUAGAAGAUGAUUUAAGUCAGACUCGAGCCAUUAAGGAGCAGUUGCAUAAGUAUGUGAGAGAGCUGGAGCAGGCCAAUGACGACCUAGAGCGAGCAAAAAGGGCAACAAUAGUUUCACUGGAAGACUUUGAACAAAGGCUAAAUCAGGCCAUUGAACGGAAUGCAUUUUUAGAAAGUGAACUUGAUGAAAAGGAAUCUUUAUUGGUCUCUGUUCAGAGGUUAAAGGAUGAAGCAAGAGAUUUAAGACAAGAACUAGCAGUUCGGGAAAGACAACAGGAAGUAACCAGAAAGUCGGCUCCCAGUUCUCCAACUCUAGAUUGUGAAAAGAUGGACUCUGCUGUCCAGGCGUCACUUUCUCUGCCAGCAACUCCUGUUGGCAAAGGAACAGAGAACAGUUUUCCUUCACCAAAAGCUAUACCAAACGGUUUUGGUACCAGUCCACUGACUCCUUCAGCUAGGAUAUCAGCACUAAACAUUGUGGGGGAUCUCUUACGGAAAGUAGGGGCUUUAGAAUCCAAAUUAGCAGCUUGCAGGAAUUUUGCAAAGGACCAAGCAUCACGAAAAUCCUAUAUUUCAGGGAAUGUUAACUGCGGGGUGAUGAACAGCAACGGCACAAAGUUCUCUAGAUCAGGGCAUACGUCUUUCUUCGACAAAGGGGCAGUAAACGGCUUUGACCCAGCUCCUCCUCCUCCUGGUCUGGGCUCCUCGCGCCCCUCGUCGGCACCAGGUAUGCUGCCUCUCAGUGUGUGAGUGCCCAGCUUCCAAAUGGGGGCUCCUGCCCUCCUCCAGCAACCCAGGACACCCACGCCUCACCCUUCGGUGCCUGGGCCCAGCCCGUGGCUCUGUCUGCCUCCCUAGGGCUGGCAGAGAGAGGGCAGGCUGCAUGCAGUGGUGGCUGCUGGGCCCUGCCCAGCCCCAGGACUGCGCGAUAUCAAUACUGGCUAUUUUCUCUUCUCGCCGUAGUGCCGUUGGUUUCACAUGAUUGCACUUUUGUGGGUCACAAAGUGAUACGUACAUGUAUUACUUGGUCACUGGAUGCAGAAGUACCCAUUCAUCAUACCUGCCUCAUAGCCCACCCUGCUGUACUGAUAGGAUUUAGUUGUAUUUAGGACAUUGCAAAUCUUUUAGACGUUCUCUCCCAAAUCAGGUCAACGUGUGCCCUCCUGAGCUCCCACCCAAGCACCUUUGUGCUCAUGAUCAUGUGUUUGUCCCCAGCUCCACCCCACACAGCUGGGCCUGUUGCUGGCAGACAGUCAGGAAGGUCACUGAAUUAGGGAACACAGUCUCAUUACCCUAGGACCACUGAGUUCUCCAGUCUCAUUACUGCGCCUUGUGAUUUUACUUCAGCAGUUAGCAUUCCAUAGCUUGGCCUCCCAGAGCAGGAGCCUGUGGGGCCUGGGACAGACAGCUGGGCCUCUGCUGUCUUCUCCUCCGUGUGCCUCAGACGAGGGGUGGAGGUGGUGACAGCCUCCUACCAGCUUUCUGGUCCUUCAGUUAAAUGACAGCUUCACAGCUUUUUGGUUUUGUUCUGCGGGCCUCUCCAGUUGUGUUAGGAAGGACUGAGUGGCCUGAUGCCGGGGGCCGGCUGGUGCCAGCUCCUGGGGGGCAGACUGACCCCAAGUGGUUGUCCCUGUGCAUCCUUUGAUUACUCUCAUGCUGCAUUUACUGUUUACAUUUGUUUUUUUGUACAUAGGUUUGUAAACAUUAUUGCCCAAGAUAUUUGUAAAUAACUUGGGCUUUGUAGCUUUUAUUUAUUCAGAACUCAUACGGCAUGUUAAUGACUUACGAUGGUGUCCUACUCUGGGCAACUGUAUAGAAUCAUCAUGUGGUUAAAAAAAAAAAAAGAGAAAGUACUUCCCCUCCAAAAAAUCUUUUAAUGUGGAAACAAUAAAUUUCACACAAAAAAGUA